GAGAGAGGUGUAUCUGAAGUGAACAAGUGGUUUAUUGUAAGUGACUCGUGGACUCUGUAUAUAAAUAGCUGUCACAUCAAACAGAAAUCAUCAGAUGAUCUUCACCUGAAGUUUAUCAGACUACACUCAUUCAAAUCUUUUCGCUUUGAAAAUGUCAACAACUCUGUGUUUAAUCGGUGGUCAUGGAGGUCAUGAGUUUUCCUUCACCGGUAAGAGUAAUGGUGCCAGUUUAGAGAGGAUCUGGGUAUGGGUUGGAGGAUCACAGGUGAAGGCGGUCAGGGCCUGGCUUACAGAUGGCAGUGAAGAAACCUUUGGUAAACCGGAGGGAUCGUAUGAAGAGUAUGUGUUUCAGACCGGUGAACUCAUCACAUCAUUGUCUCUGUGGGGAAACGGAGCAGGAACGCGUCUCGGAGCCAUCAAAUUUGAAACCAAUUAUGGAGGAAAAUUCUUUGUGAAAAUGACAAGCUGGGGAUUGAAGACAGAAUAUCCUAUGAAUGUCGGCUCUGGAUUUUGUCUGGGAAUUGUGGGAAGAUGCGGAUGGGACAUCGACCAGAUGGGUUUUUUGUUUCUCAAAAAAAUACAAUCAGUAGUUCUCACCAAUGUCAAGUAUCCCACUCUUUCCCAGAUGACACCGUAUGUCGCACUGGAAGAAAUCAAAUCUAGUACCUAUAAGAAUGAAACCUCCGUCAAUCAAGAGCAAACCAUUGAAAGCUCAAAGACAAUAAUCAAAUCGUCCUCUUGGUCUACGAAAGAAAGUGUUACCAGAGCAUUCUCUAUGGAGGUGAAAGCCGGGGUUCCCGGGAUUGUAGAAGUUUCUGCUGGAUUCAGUUUUACAGUAGGAACAGAAAACACUUACAGUAGAGAACAGAAGGAUGAAAGAACCCAAACCGAAUCAUUUAAAAUAGAUGUGCCACCGAAGAAGAAAGUGGAUGUCCAUAUUACCAUAGGCAGGUGUAGUUUUGAUGUUCCUUACAGCGGGACAAUAAAGGUCACGACUGAUGAUGGUGCAGUGUUAACAUAUGAAACCAAGGGAAAAUACAGAGGAGUGACUUACACUAAAAUAAGAGUAAACACCAAGGAAUCUAAUCUGUGAUACGAAGACUACAUACAGAAAUUAAUUUCUUCAUUUGAUUAAUCAAUCUUUCUUCGUGUCAUUUCUUAGUGUUUCUUAGAGAUUCAUUUUGUUUGAUUUGAUGUUUUAAUGUUUUCAAGUUCAAAUUUAAAAGGGUGUUAUUUUAACUUUCUGCUAGAAUGCUUUUGAUCAAAUUAUAAAUGAAUCACCUGUCAUCUUUUGCUUUAAGUUGUGAUUUUAUUAUGCAAAAAAAAACAUGUAAAUCAAAUGUGUUUGAUGAUAAUUCACUUCACUGUUAAUGAGCUGUGUAUUAUGAAAA